CAAGUUCCUCAAACCACAGAGGUCACAUGGGCUCUUUCUGCUUUGCUACUUUUGAUUACUUGUCAGAGUUGUACUUUUAGCUUCCCCCACCUGCAAGGCCACUCAACCAUGUGCUAGCUGGAGUGAUCUUUAUUCACAAUGUCUUUACAAAGGCUCCUGCAACACAGCAGCAAUGGCAAUUUGGCGGACUUCUGCGCUGGGCCAGCCUAUAGUUCUUACCCCACACUCACAGGCAGCCUUACAAUGGAGGAUAACAGAAGAAUUCAAAUGCUGGCAGACACAGUGGCUACUCUGCCUCGGGGAAGAAAGCAGCUUGCUUUAACCAGAUCAAGUUCUUUAAGUGACUUUUCCUGGUCUCAAAGAAAGCUUGUUACUGUGGAGAAGCAGGAUAAUGAAACAUUUGGAUUUGAAAUUCAGACUUACAGGCUCCAGAAUCAGAAUGCCUGCUCCUCGGAAAUGUUCACUUUGAUAUGCAAAAUACAGGAGGACAGCCCAGCUCACUGUGCUGGCCUGCAAGCUGGUGAUGUCCUUGCAAAUAUCAAUGGCGUGAGCACAGAAGGUUUUACCCACAAACAAGUCGUUGACCUGAUCAGAUCGUCUGGAAACCUGCUAACGAUAGAGACUCUUAAUGGAACAAUGAUUCUCAAAAGAAUGGAGCUUGAAGCAAAGCUGCAGGUUUUAAAGCAAACCUUGAAACAAAAAUGGGUGGAGUACAGAUCUCUGCAGUUACAGGAACAUCGUCUGCUUCAUGGUGAUGCAGCUAACUGCCCAAGUUUGGAAAGCAUGGACUUGGAUGAAUCAUCUUUGUUUGGACCCCUGCCGGGGCCAGGACCAGCCUUUGUGGACCGGAAUCGAUUAUCCAGUGAGAGCAGCUGUAAGAGCUGGCUAAGCUCCAUGACGAUGGACAGUGAAGACGGCUACCAGAUGUGUGUGUCUGAGGACUGCAGCAGGGGUGCCUUCAGUCGGCAGACGAGCACAGAUGAUGAGUGCUUUAUCCCCAAGGAGGGGGAUGAUUUUCUGAGGAGGUCAUCUUCAAGGAAGAGCCGAAGCAUCAGUAACACCAGCAGCGGAUCCAUGUCUCCCUUGUGGGAGGGCAACUUCUCAAGCAUGUUUGGGACCCUGCCCCGAAAGAGCAGAAAAGGAAGUGUCCGAAAGCAACUCUUGAAAUUUAUCCCUGGCCUUCAUCGUGCUGUGGAAGAGGAAGAAAGUCGCUUUUGACAGAUUGUGGUGUCCUUUCAAAUUAGCUUAUUUCACAAAUAUCUCUAGACUCACCCAGAUCUCAGCUUCGUGGGAAAGUGCAGAUGAAUUGCAAAACUGACAUCCCAUUUCACCGCAAUAGUGACCUUUAUUUAAAUUGUUGUGUCAUAGUUUUUGCUUCUUAAAUCAUUUUUUUCAACCCAAACAUCACAAGUUCUAAGCAGACAGGGAAACUAAA